AUGAGGCACAAGAAGACGGAAGAUUGUGGCACAGUCCCAUGCUAUCUGGAGCAGCAAGAGGAGCAUGACUGCAUCAAGGUACAACCAGAAAAGAAUGGAAAUGUCCACAUGCCCCAAAGUGCCCGGAUCGUGAAUGCUUCACCUUGGGAUUGGGAACACAUGGCGGGCCGCGCGCAGCUGGCGUGGCGCCGCGGAUGGCGGUGUUUGUCCCCGGUCCGCAAGUGGCUCAAGCCACUGUGGACUGUGGUGGUGUGGAGGGGCCAGGCAGAGUGGGACCAGGUGAUGGUGGGGCUGUACUGCGGGGACGGUCACCUGCAGCAGGAAGCGCUGGACCAGGUCUCGGCCUGGAAGAGUUGAUAUGGUCCCAAAAUGCCUCUUGCGGUGUAUUGCACUGCUGAACUGGUUCGUUGCAAGGUCCUGGAUUCAUCUGGCAGAUUGAAGUCAUGUGAGCUCAUCCUCUCUUACAGACUGGCUCUUGUAAGGUUUGUCAACUUGAUCACGGAAAGGAAACAGAAAAUGAUCAGCAUUCCUCUGAGACAAUUAGCCAGAGAGGUCGAUAUCCCCAUCUGGGUUGUGGAUCUCCUUCACGAGCUGACCCACGGGAAGCUGCCGCGGCUGGCUCUGUGCCGCCAGGGCGCAGGUCAUGAUGUUGUGCUGGACUGGCUACGAAAGACGUACUGGAGCCGUCAACUGGGCAAUAACUUGUGUGAAGAAAGUGAGGAAGAGGAUGAGGAAGAGGAGCAGGAAGAGGUGGAAGCAAAUGCAGAGUUGGACAAUGAUGCAUGGGAGAUUCAAACCCCACAGCAUGAGGCCUGUCAGAAACACAAGGAAUUCCAUGAAAAAGUCAAAGAUGUGCUGAUAUCCUACAAGAAUGAGCAGUUUCGGGCUAUGCAGGCUGUGCAGUCGGUUUCGAAGUCUCGAGAUCCAUCGUCCAGUUCCUAUUCAGAAGUAGACUGGAUUUUGGCUCAGAUCAAAGACCUGAUGCAAGAGAACAGGGAGACAGUAGCUGAAGCUCUUCUCAGUGAUGGCUUUCUCAUCCCAAAAAUGGAUUGUCUGAAGAUGCUAAGUGACUUUCCCAUGGCACUAAAUUGA